AUGGCUGCGCCGCGUCCCCCGGCGCCUGAAAUCCACCGCGCGGUGAAUCUGCUCAUUGACAGCCUCGUCAAUAUCAAAGAUGAGACUGGGCGAUUUCCACUCUACCUCCCUGACGGUCGUGUUAUUGAUACAAAAUCUUGGGCUGGUUGGGAAUGGACUCACGGCAUUGGCCUGUAUGGCGUUUGGAAGUACUACGAGAUGACCGGCGAUGAGAAGCUGUUGAAGAUCAUUGAGGACUGGUUUGCCGCGCGAUUCGCGGAAGGAGGCACCACUAAGAACAUCAACACCAUGGCCGUCUUUCUCACUCUUGCUUAUGUCUAUGAAAAGACCGGCAAUGUCACCUAUCUCCCCUGGCUGGAUGCUUGGGCUGAGUGGGCAAUGCACGAAUUACCGCGCACCCGCUACGGCGGCAUGCAACAUGUCACUUAUAUUACGGAGAACUACCAGCAACUCUGGGACGAUACACUGAUGAUGACCGUCAUGCCGCUGGCGAAGAUUGGAAAACUGCUCAAUAGGCCCGAGUAUGUCGCCGAGGCGAAGAAGCAAUUCCUCACCCAUAUCAAGUACCUCUUCGAUACGAAGACUGGCCUGUUCUACCACGGCUGGACUUUUGAGGACGGUGGUCAUAACUUUGCGAAUGCACGCUGGGCUCGCGGGAACAGUUGGGUGAGCAUUGCGAUUCCGGAAAUCAUCGAGCUGCUCGGGCUGGAGUCUACCGAUCCUAUCCGUUUGCACCUCAUUGAAACACUAGAAGCGCAAUGCGAGGCUCUUCGGCGCGUACAGUCAGAGUCUGGUGGCUGGCACACUCUCCUGGAUCACCCGGACUCAUACCUGGAGGCCUCCGCGACUGCUGGCUUUGCCUAUGGUCUUCUCAAGGCGGUUCGGAAGAGGUACAUUGGCGCAAAGUACAAGGCGGUCGCUGAAAAGGCCAUUGCGGCGGUAAUGAAGGACAUUGAUCAGAAUGGUGAGCUGCACAACACCAGUUUUGGAACAGGAAUGGGUGAUAGUCUCCAAUUCUACAAGGACAUCCCCCUCACCUCCAUGCCAUAUGGACAGGCGAUGGCCAUCAUGGCGCUAGGAGAAUACUUGUGGACCUAUCUAUAG